GGCCUGCUGACGGUGGGGCGCGUUGUUGAUUUUUUCUGCAGCUUGUGGUAUUUGUGUAGCCGCUGGAUUUGCUUGCACGCCCGCAGGCACGAUGGCGAUCGGCAAGAUGGUGGACGUGGGCACAGCCGACGCCGUGUGGUUCAAGUACCUGCUGUCGUGCGCGGCCGCCUCGUGCGCCGAGUUUGCGACGUACCCACUGGACCUGACAAAGACACGCCUCCAGAUCCAGGGCGAGGCGGCCGACAGCAAGGUGCCGUACCGGGGUCUGGUGCGCACGGCGCUGGGCGUGGUGCGCGAGGAGGGCCCGCUGCGGCUCUGGCAGGGCAUCACGCCCGCCAUCUGGCGGCACGUCGUCUACACCGGCGUGCGCAUGAAUGGCUACGAGUGGAUGCGUAACCAGCUCCGCGAAGAGGGCCGCUCGCUGCCCGUCUGGCAGGCGGCACUCGGUGGCCUGGUGAUGGGCGGCACCGGUCAGCUGCUGGCCUCGCCGGCUGACCUGGUCAAGGUCCAGAUGCAGAUGGAAGGUCGGCGCAGACUGCUCGGCAAGAAGCCCAGGGUGCAGAGCGCGGGCCAGGCGCUGCGCAAAAUCGUGCGCGAGGGCGGCGUGCGCAGCCUGUGGAAGGGCUGCGUGCCGAACGUGCAGCGCUCGGCGCUGGUCAACCUCGGCGACCUCACCACCUACGACUCGGUCAAGGGUCGCUUGGUGCAGAACACGACACUCGGCGACAACCACCUCACCCACUUCCUGGCCAGCGCCUGUUCGGGCCUGGUGUCGGCCACGCUGGGCACGCCGGCCGACGUGGUGAAGACGAGGGUGAUGAACCAACCGACGGACAAACACGGCAGGGGAGUGCUGUACCGCAACUCCAUCGACUGCUUCCUCCGGCUGGUGCAGGAGGAGGGUCUGCUGGCCAUGUACAAGGGCUUCGUGCCCUGCUGGCUCCGCAUGGCGCCGUGGAGCCUCACCUUCUGGUUCACCUACGAGAACCUGCGCAAGUUCUGUGGCACGUCUACCUUCUAGCGAAGUCGGCGCGGCCGGCCGA